GCGCUGGACUCUCUGUGCUAACACACCCGGGGAGCCCACCAUGCUGUUAUUAGUCAAGGUCAUCCUCACCCUGUGGGUCUCCUGGGCUCGUGGACAAGUUAAGCCCUGUGACUUUCCAGAAAUAAAACAUGGACGCCUAAUUUUGGAAGACAUGUAUAGAUCACACUUCCCUGUAUCGGUAGGACAAAGGUUUCACUAUUCCUGUGAUGACAACUAUGUGACUCCUUCACAAGAGAAGUGGGAUUCCAUGACUUGCACACGAGAUGGCUGGUCCCCGGAAGUGCCCUGCCGCAGGAAAUGCAUUUUCAAUUAUUUGGAAAAUGGACAUCGUCCCAAUUCUGAACAAACAUAUUUGCAGGGCGAAUCUGUAAGUGUUCAUUGUUAUCCUGGCUACACACUUCAAAACCAACAGGCCACAAUGACCUGUACGGAGAAUGGCUGGCUCCCUCCUCCCAGAUGCAUCCGUGUCGAAACAUGUUUAAAGUCAAAGGUAAAAAUUGAGAAUGGAUUUAUUGCUGAGCCUGAAUCUACAUAUCUCUUAAAUCAAAAAGUAAAAUAUAAGUGCAAACAAGAUUAUGUAACAGAAGAUGGUCACACAUCCGGGUAUAUUACAUGUCUCCAGAAUGGAUGGUCAGCUCAACCCAGAUGUGUUAAAUCUUGUGGUGUGCCAGUAUUUGAGAAUGCCAGAGCCAGAAGUGAUGGCACGUGGUUUAAGGUCAAUGACAGGUUGGAAUAUGAAUGCCAGGAUGGAUAUAAAAACCGAGAUGGACACACUGUAGGCUCCAUAGUGUGUGGUGACAAUGGUUGGUCUGAUACACCCACCUGUCAGGAAAGAGAAUGCAUCGUUCCCGAUAUAGAGCCGACCUUAAUUGCUCAGCCCCAGAAAGAGAAAUAUGUCAUUGGAGACGUGUUGAAAUUCUUCUGCAGAAAUAGACAUAAACUUAUUGGAGCAGACUCUCUUCAGUGCUACCACUUUGGAUGGUCCCCUAGUCCUCCAACAUGUAAAGAGGAAGUACAGUCCUGUGAUCAACCUCCUCGACUCCCCAACGGGACAGUGGCAGACACACCUAAAGGGGAAUAUGAACACGGUGAGGUGGUGGAGUAUGUGUGCAACCCCAGGUUCCUGAUGAAGGGUGCGAGGAAAAUUCAGUGCGUUGAUGGAGAGUGGACACCCUUGCCCGUGUGUGUUGCGGAGGACAGUACAUGUGGAGACGUACCUGAGCUGGACCACGGCGAGGUCGUGUCCCCAGCACGGCCCCCCUAUCACCAUGGAGAGUCAGUAGAGUUCACUUGCAGAGAAGACUUUACAAUGAUUGGUCAGAGCUCAGUUACAUGUAUUAGGGGAACGUGGACCCAACCACCUCAGUGCAUUGCAACAGUUGAACUCAAGACGUGUAAAUUAUCAAGGGCAAUUGCCUAUGAGACAAAGUUGUCAGAUAGGAUUGACUAUGAGCAUAAUACGAAAAUCAGGUUCACUUGUGGGAGGAAGUCAGAGCAGAAACACUCAGUCUGCAUGAACGGAAAGUGGGAGCCCGAGGUGACCUGCACAGAAGCACCACGAUGUCCACCUCCACCUCAGAUUCCCAAUUCUCAACAUAUGACCCUCUCAGUGAAUUAUCAAGAAGGAGAAAAAAUAUCUAUUCUCUGUCAAGAAAACUUUCUAAUCCAGGAAGGAGAGGAAAUCGUGUGCCAGGAUGGACGAUGGCAGUCAAUACCGCGCUGUGUCGAAAAAACUCCAUGUUCUCAACCACCUCAUGUAGAACAUGGCAGCAUUAUUUCAUCCAGAUCUUCAGAAGAUGAAAGAGAAACAUUGGGACCCGAGCUAUAUGCGCAUGGCACCACAUUAAGUUACAUUUGUAAGGAUGGUUUCAAAUUAUCCAAAGAAGAUGGGAUAACAUGCCACCUGGGAACGUGGAGUGCUCCACCACAGUGUGUAGGACUUCCUUGUGGACCACCCCCUGAGGUUUCAAAUGCUGAUCUAUCUAACAGGUUAAACAGUUAUCCACAUGGGCAAAAAUAUACAUACACCUGUAACAGAGGAUUUCGGAUCCGUGGACCUGCGUCUAUAGAAUGUUCAGGAGGAAGUUGGUCCCAUCCACCAGAAUGCACAACAAUGACUUGUCCUAGCCCACCCAGCUAUGGCAAUGCCAUCCUCCUGGGCCGGAAGAAGAACUCAUACAAGUCAGGAGAACAGGUGGCUUAUAGAUGUCCAGACUAUUACCAAAUGUAUGGAUCCAAUGUUGUAGAGUGUAGGGACGGCAUUUGGAUAGGAACACCCACAUGCAAAGAUGUCUCCUGUGGCAGCCCUCCCACAGUGCAAAAUGCCUUUAUACCAAACCAGAAGCUUAGGUAUCGACAUGGGGACACAGAACGUUAUGAAUGCAGGCACUUUUUGGGCCUCUUCGGGAAUGCAGAAGUGACAUGUCUAAGUGGGAAGUGGACAGACCCACCUGAGUGCAAGGAGUCCACAGGACGAUGUGGGCGCCCUCCUGCUAUUGACAAUGGAGACAUUACCACGUAUCCAUUAGCAGUCUACGCUCCCGGGUCUUCAGUGGAGUAUCAAUGCCAGGCCUACUAUGAACUUGAGGGAAACAGGAGAAUAACGUGCCGUGAUGGACAGUGGUCUGAGCCACCCAAAUGCUUAGGUGCCUGUGUAAUAUCAGAAGAAAUCAUGGAAGCACAUAACAUAGAAUUGAGAUAUUCAUAUGCGAAAAAAAUUUAUUCCAGAACAAAUGAUUUCGUUGAAUUUAGGUGUCGAGAAAAUUAUCGUAGAGUGUCACCAGCAUCUGCAUUCCGAGUACAAUGUCAUGACGGAAAAAUGGAGUAUCCCUCUUGUGGAUAACAUGAGAGCUGUGUGGCAGUUUUCACAUUAAAAUAUGCGCCUCAUUCAGAAUGUUUUAAUAUUAAUCUAAUCCUUCUCAAUUUAUUUUUCUAGUUGGGUGUAACUCACUUGUACUCAUUAAUCACAAUUCCUGUUAAAUGCCAUGUGGGUGAUGUCAUUGUAAUCUGAGACCAACAGA